CUCUCUCUCUCUCUCGUCGGCUUCUUAAUCCGAUCUCUUCGUCGAUUCUUGAUCUCGUCGCCGCGAUCUUGGCCAGAUCCGGUGGAGGCGUCGGCGCGGAUGAAUCUGACCGGGGGAGGAGAAGAUCUCGGUGUGUUGAUGCGGUGAAAACGAAUGCGGGAUUCUGUAAUAGAGUUUUAAGUCGGUCUCCGUCGGAUUAGAUCUGGUUUCGGGUUUGUAGGCGUUGGAGUUUUGGCCGGGAGUGCUGAAUUGAGGUUCUGGGAUCAAGUUCUUGGGGGGGGGGGCAGUGAUAGCUCUUGAUCUGCAAUAUUGUCUUUUAGUUGGCAAACGUUUACUGCUGAGAUGAAAAACGGGAUGAUAGAAUGCAGCGUCUGCCAUUCCAAAUUGCAUUCCCCAAGCCCCAGAACUGUGUCAAGGGCAUAUGAUAGGCAUAGAAGCAAAGUGUCAUCAAGGGCUCGUGCUCUCAACAUCUUUCUGGUUGUAGGUGACUGCAUCUUUGUUGGCCUCCAGCCUAUUUUAGUUUAUAUGUCCAAGGUGGAUGGGAAGUUCAUGUUCAGCCCUAUCAGUGUUAACUUUUUGACAGAGGCUGCAAAGGUUCUUUUUGCCAUUGUCAUGCUAUUUUUCCAGGCUAGACAUCAGAAGGUUGGAGAGAAACCCCUUCUUUCAGUUUCCACAUUCAUACAGGCAGCUCGCAACAACGUCCUCCUUGCUGUUCCUGCUCUUCUGUAUGCUGUCAACAACUAUCUAAAGUUUAUCAUGCAGUUAUACUUCAAUCCAGCAACUGUGAAAAUGUUGAGCAACUUGAAGGUUUUGGUAAUAGCUGUUCUCUUAAAGAUCAUAAUGAGGAGGCGCUUUUCCAUCAUUCAGUGGGAGGCUCUUGCACUUUUGCUAAUUGGAAUCAGUGUUAAUCAGCUUCGGUCACUGCCUGAGGGUACUACUGCGCUUGGCCUUCCAGUUGCAACGGUUGCAUACAUAUAUACAGUAGUUUUUGUAACUGUUCCAUCAAUGGCAUCAGUUUUCAAUGAGUAUGCUUUGAAAAGCCAAUUUGAGACAAGUAUCUAUCUUCAGAACUUGUUCCUAUAUGGUUAUGGAGCAAUAUUCAACUUUCUUGCCAUCAUUGGAACUGUCAUUUUCAAAGGGCCCGGUAGUUUUGACAUCUUUCAAGGCCACUCAAAGGCCACAAUGUUUCUCAUAUGUAACAAUGCAGCACAGGGCAUACUUUCUUCAUUCUUUUUCAAAUAUGCAGACACAAUUUUGAAGAAAUAUUCAUCUACUGUCGCCACUAUUUUCACUGGGAUAGCAUCAGCUGCAUUGUUUGGUCAUACUUUAACAAUGAAUUUUAUUUUGGGAAUUUCAAUAGUGUUUAUAUCAAUGCACCAGUUCUUUUCUCCACUUGCUAAAGUCAAAGAUGAGGCUCCAAAUGGAACAUUGGAAAUGAUGGAUGCUCAAAAUCUUAGGCCAAAGGACGUUUCUUUUAUAAAUAUGACUGCUGGUGCUGCUGAAGAUGCCAGUCACCGCGUUGGACCUGAUGAGAGAGAACCACUUCUGCCCAAAUAGUGGCACCAUUUGAGGCAUGCCCUCUAAUCUCUGAAUUUUUCUGGCAUUUUUUUGAAAGAGAUCCAUUUAACAAAGAGAUCCAUUUACUGGGGCAUGCUGCAGAGAUGAGCCAGUUCUUAAAUCUAAAAAAGCAUAUAUAUCUUUCGUAGCCUGUCCUGCAGGCAAUGUUAUUUUUCAUUAUGUAGGUUUCCUCAAAGCAAGAUAAAGAGGAGAGCAAUAGCCAUUGCCCAGAAAGGUUGCAGGGCGAAACCAAGAUUGUAUUCAGGCUUUAGAGAGUUUACAAAUGUCAGCUGGUGGUGUAUUCUUUUUGUAGUGGCAUUCCCUACUGAUCAGAUGACACACAUACAGUGUUCCAUUUCCCCUCUAUUUUAUUCUGCUUUCCAAUCCAAGUAUGUAAAAACUGGAGAUACAUUUCCUUGAUUCUUUCAUGUGAUUAAGAGGAAUUUCUGGAUUCUUCGAGUCAA